AAACGAAAGUGAUCUCAGAUAUCAUUCUGCUCAAGCUGUGUUUGUUUGCAACAAAAUGGCAGAGGCCAUUUUAAAAGACCAAGAUCCUUUCUUUUGUUCAAUAUGCUUGGAUCUACUAAAGGAUCCAGUGACUAUACAUUGUGGACAUAGCUACUGUAUGGGUUGUAUCAACGGCUGCUGGGAUCAGGAUGAUCUGAAAGGAGUCUACAGCUGUCCCCAGUGCAGACAUACCUUCACCCCAAGGCCUGUUCUGAACAGGAGCACUGUCUUGGUUGAAGUGGUGGAGAAACUGAAGAGGACAGGACCUCAAGCGUCUCCUGCUCACUGUUAUGCUGGACCUGAAGAUGUGGAGUGUGAUGUCUGCACUGGGAGAAAAUUCAAAGCUGUCAAGUACUGUCUGGUGUGUCUUGUCUCAUACUGCGAGACUCAUCUCCAGCCUCAUUAUGACUCGCUUGCCUUUAAGAAGCACAAGCUGGUCAAAGCCUCCACACGACGACAGGAGAAGAUCUGCCCUCAUCAUGACAAACUGCUGGAGGUUUACUGCUGUACUGAUCAGCAGUGUAUCUGUCUGCUGUGUGUGAUGGAUGAACAUAAAGGCCAUGAUACGGUGUCAGUUGCUGCAGAAAGGACUGACAAACAGAAACAGUUGGGUAAAAUACAGCAGCAGUACCACCAGAGAAUCCAGGAGAUGGAGAAGGAGGUACAGGAGCUUAGGCAGGCUGUGAAAACACUCACGCGCUCUGCACAGGUGACAGUGGAUGAGACUGACAGGAUCUUUAUUGAGCUGAUCCGCUCCAUUGAGCGAAGGCGUUCUGAGGUGAAGGAGCUGAUCAGAGCUCAGGAGAAGAUUGCAGGGAGUCGGGUUCAGGGACUCCUGGACCGACUAGAUCAGGAAGUCACUGAGAUGAAGAGGAGAGAUGCUGAGCUCAGGCAGCUCUCAAACACAGAGGAUCACAUCCAUUUCCUUCAGAGUUUCCAGUCACUCUCUGUCCCUCCUGGUUCUGAGGCCCCACCCAGCCCCACUUUCAAUCCACACAUUUCUUUUGAACGUGUGAAGAAAUUGGUUUCUGGACUGAAAGUGCAGCUGGAUGGUAUCUGCAAGGAGGAAAUAGUGAAGAUAUCUGAAAAUGUGAUGAAAGUGCAAAUUGUUCGACCUCUGGAGCCCAAGACCAGAGAGGAGUUCUUAGAAUAUUCCUGCCAACUUACAGUGGAUCCUAACACAGCAUGUGGAACACUGCAUCUGUCUGAGAAGAACAGCAAGGUAACAUGGAAUGAAGGGGAGACUCAAACCUAUCCUGAUCAUCCAGACAGAUUUACCCACUAUGACCAAGUGCUGUGUAGAGAGGGUUUAUCUGGAAACUGCUACUGGGAGGCUGAGCUUCGAGGCUGGAUUACUGUGGCAGUCUCAUAUGUGGCUCUUGUGAGGAAAGGAGAGGGUAAUGAGUGUAGGUUUGGAGGUAAUGAUCACUCUUGGAGUUUGGAAUGCUCUCCCACCAGUUGUUCUUUCCUUCAUGAUAAUGUUAAGACUAAAAUACGAUCCCAUUGCACCUCCAGAGUAGGAGUGUACCUGGACUACAAGGCAGGAACUCUGUCCUUUUACAGCAUUUCUAAAAAAGUGACCCUCCUCCACAGAGUGAAUAACACAUUCACUGAACCCCUCUAUCCUGGGUUUGGGGUUGGUUUGGAAUCAUCUGUGAGGAUAAUGCUUCCCAUGCAGUCAACAUGAUUUUUCUGUGUUUUAUAUAUAUUUCCACACAAUAAGGUUAGAAUAAUACUGUGAAAUUGUGAACUGCAUCUCAGUGCAAGGUGUCACUACAGACCCUGGUUCGUUUCUAGGCUGUAUCACAACUGGCCGUGAUUAGGAGUCCCAUAGGGCGGCGCACAAUUAGCCCAGCGUCGUCCGGGUUAGGGUUUGGCCAGGGUAGGCCGUCAUUGUAAAUAAGAAUUUGUUCUUAACUGACUUGCCUAGUUAAAAAAAGGUUAAAUAAAAAAAAUGUAAUAAACAUUUUUAGUAUAAGAGUUGUUUGAAAAAACCUGACAUUUCAGCCUGUUUUGGAGGAAUGGAGUUUUGGCCAGCCUGGUGUCAUCAGCAGCUCUUACACUAAAAGGGCAUCAUCAUAAUUUUCACAGUAUUAUUCCAACCUCAUAGUAUGGAAAUAUAAACACUGAGUGCACAAAACAUUAGGAACAUCUUCCUAAUAUUGAGUUGCACCCACCUUUGCCCUCAGAACAGCCUCAAUUCAUUGGGGCAUUGACUCGAAAGCGUUCCACAGGGAUGCUGGCCCAUGUUGAUUCCAAUUCUUCCCACAGUUGUGUCAAGUUGGCUGGAUGUCCUUUGGGUGGUGGACCAUUCUUGAUACACACAGGAAACUGCUGAGCAUGAAAAACCCAGCAGUGUUUUUAUUUUAUUCAAUUCAGUCUGGUAUGAGAACGGUAGCCACUAUCUGCAAAAGCAGGGUGUCUGCGGAAAGCUUAGGUAUGACUUACUACCAUAUAUGGGUAUACAUGUUUAUAGGGGCAGGCUGAGCCGAUGACCUCAUUUCAAGAUGGCUGCUAACUACAUUCCGGUUAGCGUUGUGAAGCAUAAACAAAAUUAACACAGAAUACGUUGAUACACACCAAAAGCCGGGACUCCACAGCUCAUGAGGGUAUCUUAUUUGUCUCCCUGUGACCUACCGUUAUUGAUCACCAGCCCCGAGAAUCAUUUUUUUAAAUUUUACACAACGUUUUUACCAAACAUCUUACAAAGUAAACUGAAUUUGGUCUGUGUUUACGCUAUAGCGACAUGGGGAGGGGGGGGGUGUAUCAAAUGAAUGCUUGGGUUGGUAGGAACAAAGCCUAUUGCCAAUGUUAUCUGAUGUAUUACUUAAUGUCAUCAUCGAAUGUCCAAUGUUGUGACUAUCUUUGCGCAUCAAACAUAUGAUGUUGCCUGCUUACGUGCUGUAGGCAUCCAUAUCCCCUGUAUGUCCCCCGACACCACCACAAUGUUUGAGAGAGGUUGGUGUUGUAGAAAUGUUGUUUUUUAUAGGGAACAAUAACUGUUUGGCACAUCCAGUGUGCAAAAACAGUGCAAUUACCACAUUCGGACAAUUUGGAGAAGUUGAAAGCACACUUGAAUGUACCCUGGAUACGCCAUAACACCACCACAAUGUUUGAGUGAGGUUGAUAUGGUGGAAAAUGUGUUUUUUUACUGAACAAAUAGCAUUUAGGGAUUGCAAUUAUGUAAUAGCACUGGAAUGAUCUAAUUUAUGCCACUUUGGAGAGGUUUAGGGACACUUGGAAAAAUCCCGUGACCACACCUGACCACUUACUAAAACGUCUGCCCAUUUCUAGUUGUUAGGUCUAUCAAUCCCAUUUUUUUCUCAUAUUUUUCACAUGUUGUGGAAGCAUCUGUGUUUCCAGCUCAAGUCAUCAAUAAUUCACUUAUGGCUUGUCAAUAAAAGGUGACUUUCAAAAUAAAAAAACAAAAAAGGUUAUUCUGAACUAUGUAACUCCUAUCUUUCCUCAAUCUCCCAGAUGUCUUCUUUCCAAAUAUACCAAGUGUUUGCAUGUCAUAAUCAUGUAAUUACACAUUAAUAGCAGUUCAUUUUGGGUAGGUCUAUUUAGGCGGAAAUCUACAUUUUGCCAUGACAUUUAAGAGUUAAAUGUCUCCUCCCCUUCAUCUACACUGAUUGAAGUGACAUCAAUAAGGGAUCAUAGCUUUCACCUGGAUUUACCUGGUCAGUUUGUCAGGGAAAGAGCAAGUGUUCCUAAUGUUUUGUGCACUCAGUGUAUAAAAUACAGAAAAAUCACAUUUUUGACUGCACUGGGCCUUUAAUAGACCAAUAAGAACGAGUUCUGCUCCUGAGCAAGGCAGUUAACCCACUGUUCCCCGGGGGCCAAAGAUGUGGAUGUAGAUUAAGGUAGUCCCCCGCACCUCUCUGAUCCAGAGGGGUUGGGUUAAAUGUGGAGGACACAUUUCAGUUGAAGGCAUUCAGUUGUACAACUGACUAGGUAUCCCCCUUUCCCUUUCCAAUCACAGUAAAAGUUACUUAAUUGUUACACAGAAAUAAUUUGAUAUUGAGAUAAAAACAGCUGCAUUGGACUUUUAAGUUAAUACGUUUUUGUUUUUUAGACAUGUCACUUUAUUUUACUUUUUUGUUCAUUAUUGUCUGUUAUUUUCUCUUAUUGUAAUAUAUACAUCUAUAGUCCUGCCAAACGUGUACGCCUAAUGCUACUUAUUAAUCAAAACACUUUCUCGUUUAUGACUUCAUUACUGUAAAAUGUGAUCUUUAAAAAAUAAAAGUCAUUAGUAUGGCAUUGGAAUGGC